AUGAGUGAUGAAGAAUCAGAAGAUGAAAACAGAUCUAAGUUCAAGCUAUCCAAGACCCAUCAAUUAAUUAAUUAACUUGAACAUAAGCUUUCUAUUCUUGACUAAAAUAAUGCCCCUAAUCUCUAUCCUAAUUCUAGAGAUUCUCAUCUCAAAAGCAAAUAAGAAUUGGAAAGAGAAUUACAAGAAUUUGAAUAGAGAAUGAAAAAACUUAAUUAAACUGAAAAUUCUUAGUUACACUCUUCAUAAGCGAAAUCUAUUUAAAAGUAGUCACCAUAAAAGUUGAACCUUUCNGGUUUAUGA